AAAUUCAUCAGCCAGAGCCUUUCUACGGAAAGCCGUUUGACUCAAAGCUGUGCUCACUCAGCGGUUUCUGCGGUUCUGAUGAUGAAACGAUAAACGGAGAAAAUGUGGACCCGGUUCGAGCGGAAAGGAGAAGGUUCGAGAGUGUGAAGCGGUUCUGAAGCUGGUCCCGGGCUGAUGGUCGGACGACGGUUCCGCUGGCGGCUCGGGGCAGACUGCUGUGAUGCUACGUAGGCAGCUGGAAGAAAAGGCGGCGUGAGCCCGGUUCGAAGCUCCGAACGCCAACCCAACCCAGCCUUUACCUCUUUUCUGGUGCUGGCACACGGCGGGAUGGCCGGUCGAAGCCGCCGAGCCUGGUUCAGCGUCCUUCUGGGGCUGGUGGUCGGCUUCACGCUGGCAUCCAGACUCAUUUUGCCCAAAGCCGCUGAACUGAAGAAAGCGGGACACAAACGGAAGGCGACCCCGAGCGGCUGCGGUCCGAACGGAGCCCCACGGAGGGAGCUGUGGCCGCCGCAGAACCGAGGCACCACCGACCAGCCUGGACCCAGGUCCAAGAACUUCCUCUUCGUCGGCGUGAUGACGGCCCAGAAGUACCUGAACAACCGGGCUGUGGCCGCGCACAGGACGUGGGCACAGACGAUUCCAGGUCGUGUGGAGUUCUUUUCCAGUGAGGGUUCAGACACCUCCAUACCCAUUCCAAUAGUCGCUCUGAGGAACGUGGACGACUCCUAUCCACCCCAGAAGAAGUCCUUCAUGAUGCUCAAAUACAUGCACGACCACUACUUGGACAAAUAUGAGUGGUUCAUGAGGGCGGACGAUGACGUCUACAUUAAAAGUGAAAAGCUGGAAAUCUUUCUGCGCAGCCUGAACAGCAGCGAAGCAAUCUUCCUGGGACAGACGGGCAUGGGAGCCCGGGACGAGCUCGGGAAACUGGCUCUGGAGCCUGGGGAAAAUUUCUGCAUGGGGGGGCCAGGGGUCAUCAUGAGCCGGGAAGUUCUCAAGAGAAUGGUUCCCCACAUCCGGGAGUGCCUACAGGAGAUGUAUACCACCCAUGAAGAUGUGGAGGUGGGCCGCUGUGUCCGGAGAUUUGCAGGGGUCCAGUGUGUCUGGUCUUAUGAGAUGCAGCAGCUUUUCUACGAAAACUAUGAGCCAAACAAGAAGGGCUACAUCCGAGAUCUUCACAACAGCAAGAUCCAUCGUGCCAUCACCCUCCACCCCAACAAGAACCCACCCUAUCAGUAUCGGCUACACAGCUACAUGCUCAGCCGCAAGAUCGCCACACUGCGUCACCGUACCAUUCAGCUGCACCGGGAGAUUGUGCAAAUGGGGCGCUACAGCACGGCCGAGCCCAGCCGAGAGGACCUGCAGCUCGGCAUGCCGCCGUCAUUUAUGCGUUUUCACCCACGACAGAGGGAGGAAGUCCUAGAGUGGGAGUUCCUGACAGGGAAGUAUCUCUUCUCAUCAUCUGAUGGUCAGCCACCUCGCCGAGGUUUGGAUUUCUCCCAGAGACAAGCCCUGGAUGACAUCAUCAUGCAAGUAAUGGAGAUGAUCAAUGCAAAUGCCAAGACACGAGGGAGGGUCAUUGAUUUCAAAGAGAUUCAGUAUGGCUACCGAAGAGUUAACCCUUUGUAUGGAGCAGAGUAUGUGCUGGAUUUGUUGCUGUUGUACAAGAAGCACAAAGGAAAGACGAUGACUGUUCCUGUACGGCGCCAUGCCUACCUGCAGCAGACCUUUAGCCGGAUCCAGUUCAGAGAGGAGGAAGAAAUGGAUGCCAGAGCCCUGGCCAGCCACAUCAACAAGGAGUCUGAUUCCCUUUCUUUCAUUUCCAACUCCCUGAAGAUGUUGGUGCCCUUCAAGCUUGCUGCCUCUGGCCAGGACCAGAGGGAGACCAGAGAGAAGAAGAUCAACAUUUUGGUCCCAUUGUCUGGACGGUAUGACAUCUUUGUGCGCUUUAUGGCCAACUUUGAGCGGAUUUGUCUUAUCCCGAACCAGAACGUCAAGCUGCUGAUCCUGCUCUUCAGCACAGACAACAACACAGAGAGAGUCAAGCAGGUGGAGCUGAUGAGAGAGUAUCACUUGAAGUAUCCUCGAGCCGAGAUGGAGAUCAAACCUGUGGCUGGCUCCUUCUCCAGGGCUUUGGCUUUGGAAGUGGGCUCUUCUCACUUCUCUAAUGAUUCGCUGCUCUUCUACUGUGAUGUGGACCUGCUCUUCAGCGGUGACUUCCUCAAACGAUGUCAGGCCAAUACAGCCUUGGGGGAACAGACCUACUUCCCCAUAAUUUUCAGCCACUAUGAUCCAAAGGUGGUGUAUGCUGGGAAAGUGCCCAGUAACAACCACUAUGUCUUCACCUCCAAGACGGGGCUCUGGAGGAACUAUGGCUACGGUAUUGUCUGUGUCUACAAGGGAGACUUGGUCCGAGCCGGUGGCUUUGAUACUUCCAUACAAGGGUGGGGGCUGGAAGAUGUGGACCUCUUUAAUAAGUUUGUCCGAUCAGGGAUUAGGUUGUUCAGAAGCAUUGACACAGGGAUAGUACAUGUUCACCACCCCGUCAUAUGCGACCCCAACCUGGACGCAAAGCAAUACAAGAUGUGCCUGGGCUCCAAAGCUUCGUCACACGGUUCCACCCAGCAGCUGGCUGAACUGUGGCUAGAGAAGAACGACCACGGCUUCAGGAGGUUGGCCAGCAACAACGGCUCAGUUAGGACAGCGUGAGAAAAGCUUGACCACAACUGCUUGGGUUCGAGCAGUGUUUUUCUUAUUUAUUUUUAAUGAGAUGGACCGCCUCCCAUAAAGAGGUCUCGAGUGCAUUUGUUUUUAAUCCUGAAACGCUUCAGAUGAUAUGAAAACCGUGCAGGUUUUUGUGUGGACAAACAUGGAAAGGAAUACUGAGCCUGAUCUGUUCUGUGUGGUGACCUUCCUGGUCCUUAACGCAGACGUGCGUCCAUCCUCCUGACUGUGAAUGUUUACACACGUUUCAGACUGUCACACUCACUGAGGACCAUCUUAUCACGUUUGAGUUCCGAGAGUUCCUAUUUUUAGGUUUUGGUCACACAGCUUAACACUGUUACUGUUCUUUUUUUUUUCUCUCUCUUUUUCCUGUGAAGCCAGCUGCUGGAUUUGAUAUCUGCCGUUCAUGUUUCUGUCUAAUUUAUUGAAUGUUUUCCACACAUGUAUGUUAGGAUGAUUGUAUCAGUAGUUAUGGGAUUGGUUUUCUUUUUUUCUUCUUCUUCUUUCAUGUUCUUGUAAACUCGCGUCACCAAAGAGUUUUACGCAGUCAGCUGUGGACGUGCGUGUGAAGCAUGUCUCGGCCUUUCUGCUGGUGUCUUUGUGGAAACUUUACCGAUGGUCUGAACUGAGAGCCGGGCUCUGCUAGCUCAGGUCAGCUUGCGCGCGUCACUGUUGUUUUUAUACUUUUUUUGCGGGGGUGUCUGGCUGGUGGCUGGUCCAGUCUGGAUGAGUAGCGCCUCCAGCGAUGAUCUGGUUCAGGUGUGAAGGAAGGACUCUGCUGCGUUUCGUUGAGUGGCGGGGUGGUCUGCCGCUGCUGAUAGACAGGUACUGUACUUUGUAGCACUCGAUAGAGUUCACGCCUAAUUUAUGGGGCUGAUGUCACAUGAUUAAAGACUGCGCAGUCUGUGUGUUCUCAGUUUUCACUUUUGUAAUUUUUGUUCUUUGAGCUCUGUCCAGCUGGGAAAAGGUUUUAUAUUUAAAAGAAAUAAAGUGAUCAGAAGGAACAA